AUGAGUCGUCUUUACGACACAAUAGAGCCUUCUGUCAUCGAUGAGCAGAUGCUCAAAGAUGCUGUCGAGGAGCAGGGACCGAAAAGUGAAGCCGGGAGGAUCGCCAAACAAGAAGGCAUUGAUUUUGGAGACGUCCUUUCGCUGAGACUUGAUUUUAAAAGUAGGUGUUUAUUAUUUUUGCCAACAAAGAUAUCAUGUGCGGAAUUAGAUGAUUGAUUUAUCUUGUUUAACGAAGACUUGUAUGUGUUUUUUUUUUCGCAAAGAUAUUUUAAAAAUCGACAAUUUAUGGAGCUUUGUCAACUUGACGAAGUUGCAAAUGGAUAACAACAUUAUUGAAAGGAUAGAAGGCCUGGAAAUGCUCGUUAACUUGGAGUGGCUAGGUAAAAAUAAAUAAGAAUAAACUCCUUUGUUAGUGUAUCAAUAAUCUUUUCCAUUGGUCUUCCUGGGUGAGGCGGGGGGGCAUGAAUGGAACCCUGAGACAGCUGCACCCCCCGCCCCCCAAAUUGAAUAGACCUAUUUCAAUAUAUUAAAAUUCAUACUUGGCUUUCUAAAUGAUGUAAAUUACAAAGUUGUUUUACUCAUAAUCUUCAAAUAAACCCUACAUUUAAUCAAGUGAAUACAGUACAGUAUCAAAAGUAGGUUGAGUUUGAUCGUCCGGGUGAACAUAGUCCUGAAUAGGACUGUUGUUGUUGACAGUGACUGACGUUUCGACAACCUGUGCGGUAGUCAUCUUCAGAGUCAAAGUGAGUUGUAUCACGUCAGUUGAUUUCCAGAAGUUAUAUAGACUUAAGGUCAGGAGAAGUGUCUGCUUACAGCCUUUAAUUGAUAUAGGUUGGAUUCAAAGAAUGUUUGUGCUGAAGCCAAAACCGAAUAAAAUGCUUGUGGAAGUCAUAUCUUUUCAUUUCCUAGGUUCCCUGGCAGUUGUCUGGGAAGUAGCAGUUAUGAUUUUAAUAUCUGUACUUUCGCUCAUAAGCUCUUAUUUCAAUUGCAGACUUGUCAUUUAACAACAUUGAAGUCAUUGAGGGGCUUGAUAAACUCACCAAACUUAAAGAUCUUACCCUUUACAACAAUAGAAUCUCAAAAAUUGAAAACAUGGACUCCCUGUCUCAGCUUCAUGUGUUUUCAGUCGGGAAUAACAGCCUCAAACAACUGGAUGAUGUAAGUACUCAAAUGAUAAGUUGAUUUCAAUUAAAAACUGAAUAAAAGGCAGAUUUCUUGUGUAUAACUGGUGUUCCUAGAAAGGUUUAUCUCAUAAUAAUAAUAAAUUCUCUUUUUAUAUGAUGUUAAGCAAGAGGCCGGAUGAGUGUGAGUUCUGAAAACAUAACAAAGGCAGAUCAUUUAUUGGCCUCCAGAACAUUGACAAAACCAUAAUUUUUCAGCCCAGUGUGAUGAUGAACUUUACUAUCAUCAACUGAAUUAUAAACUCUUCCAUGAGUUUUUUUAAGUUUUGGUAAAAUCAUGAAAAUAAUACCAGUAAGCAAAUAUCCAUUGACACUACUGGAAAGAGAGCUCCUUAAAAUUAGUGAAGUUAUCAAGUUUAAAGGUGAUAUGUCCAAAGAAAGGGAUUUAUUAGAUACUGCUCCACAAAGUUGCAAAACUUUACAGUCAUUUGUAAUAAUUGGUGGAUGGAUAUGAACUUGCCCCACACGACUGGAGACAAAUGCCUUUAAAAUUUUGCUACUUUGUAGAGCUAAUAUCUUCUUAAAGUUUUCACUCCAGGGAAGAUUUUUCUGUAUUGUUAAUGAUUUUAAGGUAACCUUUCCAGUGGUGUUGAUGAAUUUUUUAUAACAGGUCCCAGCCAAAAGUUGAAAAAACCAUAAAGCAUCUACUUAAUUAGUGUAAGGAAAGGUUGAUCAUUCAAUUUCAGGUUAUCUACCUUAGAAGGUUUAAAGUCUUAAGAACUUUGAACCUGAGUGGAAACCCUUUUGCUGAAGAAGCAAAUUACAAAGAGUAUGUCAUUGCACAUCUGCCAGAGCUUGUUUAUCUGGACUUCCGUCUGAUUGAUGAGUCAGCUCGUGAAGCUGCAGCUGAAAGGUACAAAUAUUCUGUUGAGGAGCGAGUACAUGAUGAGACAAUAGCCAAGAGAAAGCAAGAUGAAUUAGAAGAAAAGCAGAAGGAAAGACAGUUACAUAAGGUAAUAAUUUAUUUUAUAACUGUAUCAUUUUUUAAAAUUAACUAGAGAUGAAGCUGAGUUUAUGCAGCUGUCUUAUGAGGUCGUACUAAAUUUUUAAAUUGAAAUUAUCCUGUAAGUAGUGAUGAGCACAAUUUUAUUAUUAUUUUGUUUAAAAUCUUCAGCUUGCCUAUGUGGAGGAUCUAAAUGGUCCAUGGCUCUUUGAGAGUAUGUAUUCAGAGGAUCCUGAAGCCAGCAAACUAGCAGCCCUUCCAGGAAUGGAAGAAUUGUUAGAAGGGUAUCCUUUCACAGAAAACAAUAUUCCAAGUUAUGUUGUCUCUACAAAGAUGAGUCGUGUAGAACAAAUUCAGGACCAAAAAUUCCAUUCCACAUACUUGUAAUGGUGAGAGAUUGUUUCAGUCAAACAUUUCAGGGAGUCAGUGGCUGUCUGUACUAAGUCUAAUGCCUGCUGGUGGGGUGUCUACAAUAUUACAGAAAUGUUCAUGAAGCAAGUCAGCAUAUCAGUUGAAAAUUAGAAUUCUGGUACUGGUAAUCAUUUUGCACUAUUCUUGUUACAAUUUACAUUGAUUACAAGAUUGGCAUGACCCAACUGUAGAAGAAGAAUAUUAUUGCAUUUAAUAGUAAUACCAUAUACUGCAGGGGAAGUUCUCAUUUAGAGCUGGUAACCAGAUGAAAAACCAGCUACGGCUGACUCUUGAUAACUCGAACCCUCGCUAACUCGAACCUUGCGCUAAUUCGAACCAAAAUCAAUUUUCCCUGGAUUUCCGUCAUACAUUUACUGUAAUUUUACCCUUGGUAUUAACUCGACCCUUGAGAAUUCAAACCUCCCACUAACUCCAAGUAAUUUUUGUUUCCCCUCAGAUCAUUCAUUUAAAAUUUUACCCUUAAUAACUCAAACCAUGUUUUGAGCCCGUAAAAAGUUGGCAGAGUGUCCAAAACAUUGAAUUUUGAAUUUUCCAUAAUUAUUUGACGUGUUGUACGCACAUAGUUUCCUCAUGAAGGUUGAUGUUGUUUGUCUCCAAUCUAUGUGAAGCAGCUUUACUUCUCAAAACAAUAAAACCCAUGCUCUAUUUAGGCAAUGUUUUGUUACUGCGUUACAUUCUGAGUUAUAAUCUAGUAGUAUCUUUCAAUUUUCACUUAACAUUUCUACAAUUAAGUGUGAUUAAAAUGUUCAUUGUGCAGUAAAACUGUUUUUUCCUUUCUCCCAGCAAUUUUCUUCAAGCUUCCAAUAACUCAAACUAUUUUUGAUUUCCCUUGAAGGUUCAAGUUAUGGGGAGUCGUCUGUACUUUAAGGUCUAAGCCGUCUUAACUUUGAGUAAAAAUGGGUUAAGUGAGGGAGUGAUAGCCUCAAAUUGCCUGCAGCACUUGAUUGCCAAGCUGCCUACUUUUACAUACUAGCGGUCUAAUUUAAAACUUUAUGAGAACUCUGGUUAUACUUUAACUAACUCAAGAUACAAAGAGAAGUUCACAGCCAUCUGCGAAGAAAUAUUUGAGUUUGGUUUAAAGGAGCAUGAAAAACGAGAGGCAGAGAUUGCUUCAUUUUUCUCUUGUUUAGAGGAAGCAACAAAAGAUAAUAACAAUGCCGGAGUCAAACAUAUUCACAACUACAUCGAGUACAAGAAAAAGGUGAGGACUUAUUACAAAACUCUAGUAUCUGUAGCAGGCAUAUGACAGAUACAUGUAAGGGGGAUGGUAGCCAUUCUUUCCAUUUGUCCAUAAACCAGAGUUGUUUGUUAAAGGUUUGAACCCAGGAGUCAUUUCAAAAGUAGGUUGAGUUUGAUCGUCCGUCAGAUGUUUGUUUACAAGAAGAACCCUGCUAGUAUCUGUAAACAUAAUUUAUGAAAAUUCAAUCUUCAUAGACCUGCUGUAACAGCUCAACAUUCAGCAUUAUGUCAUAGGUUUUUUGAGCUGCUCAUACUCAGGGUGAAGAGAUGUAGUCAAAUAAUGUUUUCUAUUUUCUAUUUCAUCAUUUUUUUACUGCAAAGUCUGCAACCAGAUUUCUGACACAGUCUUUGAAGCUAUUACCUGUAAUCAGUCCAUUUUGGCUUGCAUCAUCAGGUAUUUUUAGACUACACCAGCAUGACUGAUCAAAUUCACAUGGAAAGCUUGAUGAAGGAGAUUCUGGAGGAAAUCAGAAAACUGUGGGACACCCUCAUGGGACUAGAAAUGGAACUGGUGGAUCAGUUAGAGGUGCGUUGCAAUCUUGUCAUUGAUUUUAUGAAUUUUUUUAGAAUUGAAGACAAAAGAACAACUAUCUAUAACGUUCUUCAUUUUUGCCCCCUUAACAGGACACAAUCAAAGACUUUGAAAGGAACAUGGCAGACCUGGUGACUGCUUUUAUUGAGCAUGUGCAAGGAUUAUAUCCUUUAUCACAUAACAAGACCAGUCAAGGGUGCACUGUUUAUUAAGCUUAACUGAAAUCAAUCUCUGUUAGUCUUUUAAAUCCACUUUUGCCCAUCCAUGCAACCUUUUUUUGUUUUUGUUUUUUUUUUCUUCCAUCUUAUUAAGCCUAAUUCGCUCCAGAGUUAUUCUUUGAUAUGUGCAAUGUAUUUCUAACUUUUAAGCCUUUGGAUGAAAUCCUUUGGUGUGACCAUUUAUAUGAAACCUCUUCAAUUCAGCAGUACUUUCACGUUGUACUGUUUAUUUGGUAUGUUAUACUAACUUUUGAGUCUGUGGAUGAAAUCCUAUGGUGUUACCAUUCAAAUGAAACCUCUUCAGUAGUACUUUCACAUGGUACUAUUAUUUGGUGAAUUGAGUACUAAGUUUUGAAGCGUGUGUGUAUCACUUACUUUGUGACGCCUCUUCAGCAGUGCUUCAACUAGGUAUUAUUCUCUUAAAAAAAACGUUAUGCUGUAAAUUAAAUUGGGGUUUUUCUUAAAAUCUCAUUUUGAGCACUCGUGAGAGCAAAAAGAUUAAUUCGUUUCUUAAGUCGUCAAUUAAGUCAUUGGAUGGUAAACUGUAAGAGUGAUAUACCGGUAGUUACUUAACAUAAAAGUCCCUUGUCAGUUUUUAGGAAACCUUGAUUUUCCCAUACAUUUUCUGUAAUUCGACAGUAUCAAAAUUACAGAUAUGGAAAAAUUGAGGUUUUCUAAAAACUGAUCACAGACUUCUUUGCACUCCAGAUUUAGGUUAUUGUUUCUUUGAACUCGUAACUUACUCUUUUCAAAGAGAAAGCAUCAAAUAUAUGAAUUUGGGAAGAAUUAGCUGACUUUAAAUUCCAAUACAAAUCUUCUAAUUUCCCGCCAUCUUACCCUGAUUACCCAUGAUGCAACCAUGAGCGUGAACUCCUCUAUUGUGUUACCAAGAUUAAUUUCAAUGACAACCUCAAGUGCUUAAACAACUUACAGAGACUGUAGAUCCGUUUGCUACAAAACGUCUCUCUUUAAAGUGUUGGCAACACCUAAGCUUGCAGAGCUAACACAGUCAAAGUAGUUGGUAUUUUUUCCGUAACUCUUUUUACAAUGACUCAGUUAAGAGACAUGGAAAACGCACAUAACGAAAAAGUGUCGGAUAUCGCUGUAGUCACGCUUGAAAAGUUGAUGAAGAAUGAACUGGAGGAAGAUCUUCCUGAUGACCUGAGAAUGGUAAGUGCUAGUAGGCAUUUUCAGUGAUAUUGUCACAUCCACUUUUUUCACACAAUUACAGUAAGCGUUAACUGCAAUUAUCGUCAGUCUUUAUGGUAAUUAGUAACGGAAAGCCAAACGUCCUUCCCUCGAGGCAGUGAUUUCCUUUGUUUACUCUUCGUGAAGUAUAAUUGACUUUGGAAAGGAUUGAUAGCAAUCUCUUGGUAUAAAGGUUUUCGUUUAUCGUUUGUCUCACGAUCGUCACCUAGAUAUUGAUCGAGACGUUUCGACCACGUACUGCACGUCUUCAACAGGCGAUAGUGUCGAUUUACUGAGUACGACUAUAUGUACCACCAUGGUUGUUGGUGAUUGAUGUAUCAUGAACCUCGUUCUUGGUUGAUGGGUCUCCUUCCAAAGGAUUGUUGGCAUUGUUAGAGGAGGAAACUGUUCCCUCAGCGUUCCGCUGUGGCAGCGAUCGGCUGCUAUCAACGAAAAACUUUACACACAUUAACCACGAUGAACAACAUCUUUCAUGACAUUCCCUGGGUACAUUCUAAUUUCAGACUGCGAUCAACCAUCUUACAAAAUUUGAUGACGGAUUCGUUCUUUUUGUACGAAUUUGUACAUUGAUUAUUUUUGAAAAUUUCAUCAGUGCUGGUCACUUCCAGAAUCACAAUAAAACAAAAUGAAAUUACAACUGUGAUUACUUUGUGUUCUUUUCUGAAGCUGUUUGUUGACAAGGACACCAUUAUGAAUGCUGUCAGCGCUUCUCAUGACACUCACCUUCUCAAGAUUGAUAACAAGGUAAGAAAUUGAUGUAUCUUCGGUCAGCAGUGACACAGGUGACUCAGAACAAACAUCCCAACUGUCCCAUCAGGCGAGUCGAACCUAGUACCUAUCAACUGCUUCUUGUUGCUAGCGUAAAAUCUCAGUUAAGGCCCCCCCCCCCCCUGGGACUUGUUUAUUUCCUUCGAUCCCAUCAUUCAAUGUGGGUUUUAGUGACCUGACGAACAAUGACUCAAGAAAGCAAAGUUAGGGAAGUUUUAGGUUCAUUACUAAGAUUUAUUUUUAUUAUUUAUUAUUAUUGUUAUUUAGUUUUGGUAAAGUAAAGCCUCCGGUAGGUCAUGUAGAUAAGGUCUCGCGUGAUUCAGAUAUAGGUGUUGAUGAAUUGAUGCAUUUCAGGUUCAAAGUAAUUUACAAAAAGCGUUUUUUGUUUUAUGUAAGAAUUAAGUAUUAGUUUGAGACAAGUGAACUGAAAAACAGUUCAAGCUUUAUAGUCCUGUUGGAAUGAACUGAGAACGUGCAUUUUUUUUACAAUGUGCGAAAUUACAUUCCUGGUAGGUGGUCCUUGAAAAUCGAAAGUGGUUCUUGAAAAGUCCUUAAAAGUCGUUGGGCCUGCCUUCUUACUACGUUAACUGUUACUGCAUUUUUAGGAGGAUGACGUCUUGACUCGUGCCACAACAAGAAUGCAGUCACUGAACGAAAAAAUCCACAAUGACGAGGUGAAGAGAAACCGGAACAGGGUGGCGGAGAUAAACAACUUAGUGGAUCAUUUUAGAGACGAGGCGGAGAGCUAUGAGGAUAAGGGCCCCAUGUAGUGCCUUGCUACUGCAGAGCGGCACUGGAUAACUACACGCGGUUCUUAUUAACCCUUUAAACCCUAAGAUCAAAAUUUGAAUUCUCAUCUGUUGCCUCUAUUCAUUUCGUACAGAAGUAGUGAGGAGAAGUUGAUAAAAUAUCAAGGAAAUUCAUCUUGUGUGAUAAUGUCCUUAAUUCGCAUGACCACUCUGUUUUACAUAGCAUUGAUAUUACAAGGAGAAAUUUGCUGCUGAUCACUCUUAGGGGUUAAAGGGUUAAAACUGUUGGUGUGGGCGCUUUUGUUAUUUUGAUGUCAGGUACACGAAGUCGCUAAUGACUGAUUGUACAGAUUACCCUUGCGCGAACGUGUAGUAGUUCCAGCAGACUGGCCAUUGUGGUGUAAACAGCAGUCUCUAGUGAAGGAAAUGUAACUGUUUUAUGCUACUGUAUGACAUCCGAACCGUACCUCUUUAAUCCACAAGAGCUGUGUUUUCGAAAUGUUGUUAAUUUAAAAACAUUUUAAAUUUUAUACCGCGUGUAUCAGCUGUUGGUAAGUGUAUUUAAUAUUUUGGAUAUUGUAAAGUGUAUUAUGUUUUGUCACAAAGUGGCCGAAUGUUACCGAAUGUUACUAUGUUACAGUAAGUGUACUGUUUUGUCAUAAAAUAACAUACAUUAUAUUAUAUCUUUUAUCUGUUGAUUUCCUUCAGUUUAUCAAUAUUCUGUAAAUAUACAUUCAUGAACCGCUCUUGUAGUUUUUACUCAACAAUUUAUUCAAUAAAACUACUGAAACUUUUAUUAACAAAUGAAGGUACGUACGUUGUAUUGGUUGUACAGACUGUAUAAAUCUUUUCCAUUAAAUAAACUUGGUGUGGU